AUGAAGUUCUCGUACAUUCUCGCCAUCUUUACGGCCACCGCCGUCAACGCCCAGCAAAAACUAUCCCAGGCUGAGGCGCAGUCACGUCUACAAGCUGCUGGCAUUUCCUCCGUCUCUACCGGUGGCUGCACAAACCGCAACACUGCCACUUGCACUUCGUAUGACCAGGUUAACGCUGCGACUGUUGCUGGUGCUAUUACUCUGAAGAAUGCGUGUGGCUGCACCGUCACCAUCUCCGGCGGCACUGAGACUGGUCACGCGAGCGGCACCUACUCUCACUGGAACGGCUACAAGUUCGAUUUCCGCAAGAAUUCCGGCCUGAAUUCCUAUGUCACGAACACCUUUACAAAAAUCGCGGAUCGUGGCGAUGGCUAUCCCCAGUGGAAGGCGGCUUCUGGCAACAUUUACUGCGAUGAGGGCAAUCACUGGGAUGUUACUUUCUUUACUGAUGGAAACUAAAUGAUAAUGUUUGGCUGGGUGG